AUGGCUUCAGACGCUAUGCCUUCUGUUGCGAGCCUGUCGAUCCAGUCUGUUAGUUCUGAGGUGUCGAGCUACCCUAAUUGCUAUCCGGCUUUCAACCCUGUCGACAAGUACCGCGCGCAUAUCGCAGAAUUGGUCGCGGAAGCCUCAGGGUUGGAGCCGGCCUUUGUCUACACCAAAAUUCUAUGGACGAAUAUGCUGGAAAAGGGAGACUUGAUUCUACCUGUACCGGCACUACAGAUAAAAGGCAAGAAGCCUCAAGAAAUUGCGGCAGAUAUCGCUUCUAAGUUUCCCAAGUCCGACCUAGUUGAGCCACCGGUUGUUGUGGGCGCACAUCUACAGUUCUUCUUUAGCCAUAAGCCUUUGACUGAAUACGUGAUCCGGUCAAUUUUGGAAAACAAAGAUGCCUAUGGGAGCAAUGCGAAUGUAGGUCUACAAGACCAAAAAGAUCCUAGUAAGGGAAAGAAGAAAGUGGUGGUGGAGUUUUCGUCUCCAAAUAUUGCAAAGCCCUUCCACGCCGGCCAUCUUCGAAGUACCAUCAUUGGUGGAUUCAUUGCCAAUUUAUACACAGUUCUUGGGUGGGAUGUGCUCAAGAUAAACUACCUUGGAGACUGGGGAAAGCAGUACGGGUUACUUGCCAACGGAUAUGAGAAAUACGGCAGCGAGGAAGAUCUUCUCAAGGAUCCAAUCAACCAUCUCUUUGAGGUGUAUGUGAAGAUCAACAAGGACGUAGCGGAGCAGGAAGGACCUAUAAAAGAGCUCAAGGAGCAGAUUAAAGCUAAGAAAGAGAAGAACGAGGAUGUGACAGAGCUGGAGAAGCAACUUGAACCACUUGUCGACGCAAGCUACGAUGAGAAGGCCCGUCGAUACUUCAAGAGCAUGGAAGACGGAGAUGAGAAGGCACUUGCACUUUGGCGACGAUUCCGUGAUCUCAGUAUUGAGAAGUACAAGGAGACGUACGCUCGGCUGAAUAUUGAUUUUGACGUCUACUCCGGAGAAUCCCAGGUCAAGGAAGAAAGCUUGAAAAAUUCCUACAAGGCCAUGGAGAGCUCAGGCGUAUCUGAAAGCUCAGAAGGCGCCGUGAUCAUCGACUUCGCAAAGCAGGGCGCAAAGAAACUCGGAAAGGCCAUCGUCAUCAGAAAAGACGGAACGCCGCUAUAUCUCACACGAGACAUUGCCGCGAUCGUUGAACGAGAUGACAAAUACCACUUUGAUAAGAUGAUCUAUGUCGUGGCGGCGCAGCAGGAGCUUCAUCUUGCCCAGCUGUUCAAGACCACCGAACUGGUUGGGAAGAAAGACCUGGCAAGCCGAUGUGAACAUGUCAGCUUUGGCAUGGUUAGAGGGAUGAGCACUCGAAAGGGAACCGUCAAGUUCCUGAACGACAUUCUAAAGGAUGUAGGGGAAAAAAUGCACGAGGUCAUGCAAAAGAACCCGGCCAAGUACGAACAGAUUGAGGAUCCAGUGGCGACGGCCGAUGUGCUCGGAAUAACAUCGGUGAUGGUGCAAGACAUGAGCGGUAAACGGAUCAACGGGUACGAGUUCAACCUGGAAAACAUGACCUCGUUUGAGGGUGACACCGGUCCAUACCUGCAAUACGCACACGCGCGCGUCUGCUCUGUGACCAGAAAGGCCGAGAUCAAGCCUGAAGAACUAGGCGACGCAGAUCUGAGCCUGCUUACCGAGUCUCAUGCCAUCGACUUGAUCCGGUUGCUUGCCCAGUGGCCGGACGUGGUGUUCAACGCCUCAAAGACGCUGGAGCCCUGUACCAUCCUGACCUAUCUCUUCCGAAUGACCCAUACGCUGAGCUCAGGCUAUGAUGUCCUCAAGGUCGUGGGCAGCGAGCCAGGCGUGAAGAAGGCUAGAAUGGCACUUUACGAGUCUGCUCGGCAGGUCCUGCAUAAUGGAAUGAGACUUCUAGGUUUGAACCCUGUCCAGCGGUGA